AUGUUUAGAGAUUACAAGAAAGAAAUUGCAGACUAUGAAAAAUCAAUUAAAAUGUGGCAGAAAUACAUUGAUGAUUAUGAGUUAAAUUGCUCUGUAAACAUUGCUGAAAUACAUCGAGUCCUCGGUCUUCUGUAUCGAAAUGACGAGUUAAAGCACAGUAGCUUAGAAAAUUGGCACUACGAUCAACUGCUCACUUAUUAUCUCAAAGCUCUUGAAAAGUGCACGACCACCACCUCCGCCGCCGCAAAUCCAGCAGAAGUGGCUGACUUGUGCGCUUCUAUAGCUUUGGCUUAUCAACAUCACCAAGACCACGGCGAUCAAAGAGCAAACGUAUUAGCAGCUAUUAAAUAUCAACAAUUACGAAUGCAACAUCUGUUAAAAUACUGUUCGCCGAAUGAUAUGAAAAUUGGCAAUACGUUUCAACGCUUGGUAACCUGUUACAUGACGAUCGAUCUUUGGGAUGAAGCAAUAGUUAACUAUGAGAAAGCUUUAGAUAUCUAUAUCUAUCAGAAUAAUUAUAAUUACUAUGAUAUGAUACAUUUAUGUGAAGCUAUUGUCGGAAUCUACACCGAGCAGAAAGGAGAAAAUUAUGCUGCUGCAAUAAAGUAUCAAUUGCUAAAGCACGAGUUCACAGUAAAGGUACAAAAUGAAGUAGUAGAAGACGAUGGUGAAGAUGAAAAUUAUUCGAAGAAUUUUGGUAUUGCUGUGAGUCAUGAGGAAGUUGCUGACAUGUAUAUAAAAUUAGAGCAGUAUGACCUAGCUCGGAAACAUCUGAUUGAAGCGAAGAAAUAUUGUGAAAAUUGUGAUCCGUAUCAUAAAGAGAGCUCUAUUGGGCAUUUUGAAGAGAAACUGAGAAGUAUAGAACAGUUUUUCACGUGA